UUAUAUUUAAAAAAAUAUCAUAUUAUUUGAAUAUCUUAUAUGAUAUAAUAACAACUGAACAAAGAGAUGACAUCAAUACGUUUUUAUAGAUAUAAAAAAAUCAAUUUCAUUAACAUUUUGUAAUCAAAUUAAUUACAAAAAAAUGUAGUAAUUAAUUUGGUAAUAUUGUUAAUUAUUUUAAAAUUAGUUAUCAGUUGUUUUUUAACAACAAUAAAAAAUUUGUUAAAACACUGAUAUUUAAACACAUUAUUUGAUUGUAAACUGGUUGUGAUUUUAUGUAAUUAUUAAAAUAGUCAUUAUUGCUAAUAACAAACAUUUAUAACAAUGAAAUGGUUAAAUAUUUUGUCGAUUUUAUAUUUUGUGAUAUCUUUGACAAUCAUUGUCAUCAAUGGAGAAGAAGGGGGUUUACAAAGAUAUGAUGAACAAGAAGUGGUUCCUAUAAGAAGUGCUCGCGUUAAGAGAAAGGGUGGAGGAAGAGGUGGUGGCGGUCGAUCAUCAGGUGGUAGCCGAUCGUCCAGUUCCUCCAGAAGCAGUAGUAGUCGAUCAUCUAAUCCGCAUUCAUAUCCCAAACAACAAUACACUAAUGCUGGACAUCAGUCUAACUCUUAUCCCAAACAGUCUCCAAAUAAUCCCAGUUAUUCGGCAUCGGGACAAUCAGCUCACUCAUCCUAUCCUAAACAACCGGCUUAUAAUCCUAAUCAUAGCGGUUCCGGUACUGGCAGUCAAACUGUAGGUCAAUCAUAUCCCAAACAACCGGCUUAUAAUCCAAAUCAUAGCGGUUCCGGUACUGGCAGUCAAACUGUAGGUCAAUCAUAUCCCAAACAACCGGCUUAUAAUCCAAAUUAUAGUGGUUCCGGUACUGGAACUCAAACUGGUGCUCAGGCAUAUCCCAAACAGCCAGCAUAUAAUCCUAACUAUAGUGGUACUGGUAGUCAAAACAGUGGAACUGGUUAUCCAGCUAAUCCCAAACAACCGCCAAAAUUAGAUGGUUAUAAUAGUGGUACAAAUGUACACAAUAGUCAGUCGAGUGCUCCUUCGUCAUAUCCCAAACAACCUGCAAUCAAUACUGGUUAUGUAGUGCCUGUACAUACCGGUGCUCAUCCCAUCUCGAGCUCAAAAUUCAAUGCUACGAGAGGUGGUGUGGCUGGUAGUCAUAAUAAUCAAAACUUUAAAAACAAUUUUACCAGCUCAAACCAUCAUACAGCAGUAGGUCAUACCAAUGGGACAGGACAUUUUGGGUCAGGACAUAACUUUCCUAAUAGAACCGGUUCUGUUAUGCAAAAUCAUGGUUAUCCUAAUCAUACCGCUAACCAACCGAUGCGCUACAAUAUUAGCAAUUAUGCACACAAUGGUCCCAAUGUCUACAGCAAUUCCCACCCAAUUGCCAAUCCUCCUGUUUAUGUUAAUUCAGCACAAAAUAAUAUACAUAUUCAAAACAAUUAUGGUCAACAUGGAUACUCUGUGAACAAUGGCAUAGGAGGUACAGGGAUGAGCAAUGCAGCCAAAAUCGGAACUGGAGCCAUAUUAGGUGCUGCAGUGGGAGCUUAUGGUGGCUAUAAAUUAGGUCGAAUGGUAGGUGCCCAUGGUCAACAUGGUAAUUAUGGCUACUAUAAUGAACAUUAUGUAUAUGUCAAAUGUGAUCCGCCACCUAAAAUCCUGGUCGACCCAACCACUAACAUCACUUAUAUACCGAAAUCGGUUGCUUACGAUGCUCGUUGUCAUUAUUAUGAUAAGGAACCACCUAAACUACUUCCGGGAUAUGAAAAUAAGACAACAAUUGUCGUCCAGCUUGACCAGGCUAAAGCAAUACCAUUACCACAGGGAGGUACCGGUAAAAAUGGUGAACCCAAAUAUGGUAAAAUUAGUUAUUUGAUGCUUACAAUUUUAGUGAUUGUUAAAUAUUUAAUAAUAUUUUGAUAGGUUGUCAAAUAU